UUGCGCGCCGCAGCCCGGGAGAGUCAGAAAGGCGAGGGGCCCCGGGAGCAGGCGUGUGGGACUCCUGACCGGAGAGCCGGAGGCUGCGCCUUCCCCGCACCGGGAUCUCCACGCCACGCCACGCCACAGCCUCGCCCUUGCCCCGUGCGAGCGCCCACGAUGACCACCACACUCGUGUCUGCCACCAUCUUCGACUUGAGCGAAGUUUUAUGCAAGGGUAACAAGAUGCUCAACUACAGUGCUCCCAGCACAGGGGGCUGCCUGCUGGACAGGAAGGCAGUGGGCACCCCGGCUGGUGGAGGUUUCCCCCGGAGGCACUCUGUCACCCUGCCCAGCACCAAGUUCCACCAGAACCAGCUCCUCAGCAACCUCAAGGGUGAACCAGCCCCGGCCCUGAGCUCUCGGGACAGCCGCUUCCGAGACCGCUCUUUCUCAGAAGGGGGUGAGCGGCUGCUGCCCACUCAGAAGCAGCCCGGAAGCGGCCAGGUCAACUCCAGUCGCUACAAGACGGAGCUGUGCCGCCCCUUCGAAGAAAACGGCGCCUGUAAGUAUGGAGACAAGUGCCAGUUCGCGCACGGCAUCCAUGAGCUCCGCAGCCUGACCCGCCAUCCCAAGUACAAGACCGAGCUGUGUCGCACCUUCCAUACCAUCGGCUUUUGCCCCUACGGGCCCCGCUGCCACUUCAUCCACAACGCCGAGGAGCGCCGUGCCCUGGCCGGGGCCCGGGACCUCUCCGCUGACCGUCCUCGUCUCCAGCAUAGCUUUAGCUUUGCUGGGUUUCCCAGUGCCGCUGCCACCGCCGCUGCCACGGGGCUGCUGGACAGCCCCACAUCCAUCACCCCACCCCCCAUUCUGAGCGCCGAUGACCUCCUGGGCUCACCCACUCUGCCCGAUGGCACCAAUAACCCCUUCGCCUUCUCCAGCCAGGAGCUGGCGAGUCUCUUUGCCCCUAGCAUGGGGCUGCCCGGGGGUGGCUCUCCCACCACCUUCCUCUUCCGGCCCAUGUCUGAGUCCCCUCACAUGUUUGACUCUCCCCCCAGUCCUCAGGAUUCUCUCUCGGACCAGGAGGGCUACCUGAGCAGCUCCAGCAGCAGCCACAGUGGCUCAGAUUCCCCUACCUUGGACAACUCAAGACGCCUGCCCAUUUUCAGCAGACUUUCCAUCUCAGAUGACUAAAAAAAAAACAAAACAGGGUAGGGAGGGACCCCCCCCCCCUUGCCCCUUCUACUCCCCUUCCUGCUGUACCCACAUCCUAGACCCUCCUCAACCCCUUCCCCACAGCCCUUAAUAUUAACAAGGUUAAGCUCAACCCCUUCCCAGAACCUUGGAAUGACCCAUCCUUCUCCCUUACCUUAUCUAUCCCCCCCUCCCCCCCAAAAAAAAAAAUAAGGACAAGUCAAAUUUGUCAGUAGUUUAUUCUGGCUUGAAUUCCCCUCCCCCCUCCCUCCAGUUUAUAUAGCCCACUUAACUACGCAGAACAGACAAGUCCUAUAUUCAUCAGUAGAUGCCUUGAUAUUUUUUCCCCUGGCUUAAGCCUUAAGUGCCAAAUCACAAAAGAAAAAGCAGUUAACAGUUUACAGAAGCAACUUAGUGCCUUGUAAUCUAACUUUGUCACUGUGACUACAUUACCUCUUUAGCGCCAGGGGGCGCCCGUGGGCCUCCCGGAGCCUCUGCCCAGGGGGAGGGGGGGAGACCCAGAAGCAGCAGCUCCCCCCACUGGCUACACAAAUGCACCUUCCCUUCAGUCUCCCGCACACUUCUUCCUCCCUCUUCCCAGUAGUUGCCCCACCCACCCCCAGUUCUUGCUGGAGUUAGGAAACCUGUCUGAUAUUCAAAACCUUUUCCAGCUUGAACCCCUGUUGACUAAUCUUGCCUGGAUUUGUAUAGGUCUGCAGGAAGGAAGAUCGGAAAAAACAAAACAAAAAAAAACCACAAAAAAAGGAUGAAGAUUAUUUUGACCUAAGUGGGACUUUGUGAUUUAAUUUUUUUUUUUUAACAAGUGGGGAGAAGGGGAAGCUAGAUAUGGACUAUGAGAGACUUGAUCUUGGUGCUAAAGUUCCCCAGUUCAUAUGUGACAUCUUUUAAUGAAAAACGUAAUGGAAAAAAAAAAUGAGAGAAAAGCUUAAAAAAAAUGUAAAGGGGUGAGCAGUUAAUGGUAUUCAUUCCACAUACAAUAUCUGUGUAAAACGAUUUCCUGUAGAAGUAGCUUUAAUGGUUUUUUGCUCUGGAAUACCGUAGGUCUACCCUUAGCACUCACGCCUGCUUUUUUUUUUUUUUCCCUGGGUUUUAAAACUUCAUAUAACUUUCAGAAAUUGGAGAGCAAAAAAUUUUGCUUGUCACUGCACAUCAAUAUAAAAAAGCUUAUUUAACUUAUCAAAACGUAUUUAUUGCCAAACUAUGCUUUUUUUGUUAAUUUUGUUCAUAUUUAUCGGGAUGACAAAUCCAUAGAAUAUAUUCUUUUAUGUUAAAUUAUGAUCUUCAUAUUAAUCUUAAAAUUUUGUGACGUGUCUUUCCUUUUUUUUUCCACAGUUUUAAUAUAUUAUUCUUCAACAACAUUUUUGUAACUUUACACUUUUUUGGUUAUUUUAUUUUAAAAAAAUGAAAAAUUAAUUUAAAAAAAUGCAAAAAACUGUUGGAUUAUUUAUUUUAGAAAUUACCCCCUUUGUGUUGGACUGCAAAUUUUCUUUGUCUUUAGGCCUUUCACAAGUAGGACUGAGAAUGUAUGUAAAAGUUCUAUGACAGCACAGAAGGAAAAAACCACCUUUGAUGUAUAGCUUCUAAAAGGGAAAAAACAAAACAAAAAGGAAAACCUUUUGACUUCCAUGUACCCAUCUCAAGACAUUCCGCUCACAGAUUUGAGGUUCUGGAUUCUAGGUUUGGAGUUUUCCAAUGUUAGCAUAAAACAGAACUAGUGCGCGUGCACGCGCGCACACACAGACACAGACACAUAAAGAUGAAUGUAAUUAUUAUUCCUCUUGCUGGUCACUACCGUUGCUUUCUAUUUCUCUUUCUUUGUGUGAACUUAUUUAAAAGAAGAAAAAAACCUUUUUGUAACGACUAUUUGCAGUUUAAAGAAAAUCAAUAAACCCCGUUUUUUGGUUUUUUUUUU